GAGUUCCGCAGUAAUUACAUAUGGCUGCCUCCUGGUCAAAGCGACUGAUCAUUGCCAAAAAUUGAUUUACUGAUUUUAUAGAUAAGGAUACAUCUUGCACUAUGGAGUCUCCGUCCUCUCCAAAAAGGGCGAGAACAGAUGCUGAUUUGAGUGAGUUAUCGAAAGAAGAUUUAAUAAAUAGAAUCAAAGAUCAAGAAAAAACUAUUCGUCAGUUGGAGGAAAAACAGAGAAAUUUGAAAACAGAUGAUAAAGAUUUGAAAGAAGUAGAAGCAAAGUUAAAACAGCAUCAAAGAGAUGCUGCACGCAGAGAGAAUACACUUGUUCAUAGAUUGACCACCAAAGAACAAGAGCUGCAGGAUUACAUUAAUCAAAUCCAAGAAUUUAAACAGUCACAGACACAGAACAAAGCCCAGCUACAGAAAAUGCAUCUGGAUCCUGCAGUCAACUUAGUUUUUCAAAGGAUGACAAAGGAAAUGGAAGAAUGCCAAGAGAAACUGAAACAAACGCAAAACGAACUCAGUGCUUGGAAGUUCACUCCCGACAGCCAAACGGGGAAACGGUUAAUGGCCAAAUGUAGGAUGUUGCUACAGGAGAAUGAAGAAUUGGGGAAGGUGAUCACUUCAGGAAGAACAGCUAAAUUAGAAGGAGAAAUCGCAGUACAGAAACAACUAGUACAGGAAAUGAAGGGCAAUCAAUCAGAGUUGGAUGAGUUUCUUGGAGAUUUAGAAGAAGAUGUAGAAGGCAUGCAGAGCAUGAUCUAUGCAUUACAGCAGCAACUGAAAGAGACUAAAGAACAGGUCAGCAAGUUAGAGGAAGAAAACAGUAAACUGAAAUCCUCUGUACAAACAGGUGCCGUGUCACAGACCUCUAAUAGUGCUAUUCCAAGCAGCAGUCCCACGAUAGACCUUAAGGAAAUAAAACAAGAAAUGGACACAGACCCUGUAAAACAGGAGAUAAAGUGUGAACGGACAACAGAAUUUGAGGAAACCUCAGAACGGACUCUACAUAGAUGGUCAAGUCAGGAAGAAAUGAUGGACACUGACCAGGAUUCUAGGGAUGUGCCGGAGGUUAACCACAUAACUCACAGACUUCAACCCGGGGAAGGCGUUAAGUGUUCAGAAUACGAGAGCUCGCAAGACGGCUGGUCCAGUCCAUACCCUCAAACCAAAGACGAUAUCAAUGGAUCAAACAAACACCCCUCCCAAUCGGACAGUACGCCAGAAAUGGACCACCUUAGUGACAAAGGGUACUCAGGGACAGGGGAUCUAUUACCCAAUGGGGUUAACAGGACUCCAUUAAAGGAAGAAAUGGGAGAAGCAUAAUAUCAACCAUGUCACAAGCUCAGAUAUUCAUUUUUGUCAUCCCUAGUAAUAUUUCUUUAAAACAAUUUUUGAUUGGCUAUAAAAAUGAAAUUUUGAUUUCAUUGGCCAAUCAGAUGAUGCAUUAUGAAUAAGAGAUAAAAAUUCAUUGUCCAUUCAUAGUAUUUGUUACUUGUGUUUAAGUGUUGAUUUUAUUAAUGUUUUACUUUCUCCUAGAAAUCAGGAACAAAGUAUAGUGAUGUUGUAAGACAACUACCAUUUAUAGAGAUUUUGUGGAAAGAUUUAAAGUUUUUGAAGGGAAGUUUUCCUUAAAACAUUAAUAUUAAUGUAAUUUUUUUUGUCUGCAAACCGUGUAAAAAAUUAACACAUUCAUCUUUUUUCAAACCUGUCUCUUGUUUAGAUAAAAAAUGGAUGAUAUGUGAAAGUGCUUUUUCACGUUCCAAGAAGAGAAAAUUUUGUGCAUGCAUUUUAUUUAAAAUGGAAGAAAAGGUAGAAUUAUGCCUUAUUUUAAUUAGUUUUUGGGUUGCAUUGAUUAACAAAGGAACACAUUUGAUUUGAUUAAGUUUUCGGUGGGCAAACGAAGUUUAGAUAAUUUUAAAUGUGCGUAGAGAUCUAAAAUUUUGAAUGGUUAAGGUACGUAUAUUAAUAAUUUUCGUUGGAAUAUAUUUUUUCCAUUGGCUUUAAUAUUUUCAAUUUUUAUAUAUUUUGAAUUUAAAUGCAGAUGUUUGAAACCUCCAUGGGUUGAAAAAAAUGAUUAUUUUUAUGGUAGUCUGUUCAAGAACAGAAAAGUGAUAUAAUAUGUUUGAUCUCUUGUUGUCAUGGUAAUUUGUGAAUUCCUAUUAAAAUGAACUUAACAAAA